UGGGCGGUGCGAGGCGGGCUGGACAUGUCGGGCCCGGGCGUCAGCGCCGCCAGCAAGCGGCGCUUCAGGUCAGCUCAGCCGGCGGUGCCGCGGUCGCCGAAGAUGUCCACAGUGGGUCGGGUUACAGCGCCCCAUCUCUAAGCCCCCGUCAGUGCGCCGCGAGCCGCGGGACGACGCAGGGUCGGCUCGGACACCGGCCGCCGGGAGGGCAAAAGGGGCCCGCGCCACUCGAUGUAAGUGAUCGUUUUCCGACAGGCUUCGCUUCGACACAUCUCACUGAUCGGUUGAGGAUUGAGGUGCGUUUCGUCAGAGUCGCCUUUGUUCGCCGGGCGGCCGCCGAACGCCGGGGAGCCGCUCCAGUGUCGUCGCGGAGAAGGGGCACUGGGCGAGAAAGACGGGAUUUAGGAAAACAGCUCCGAGCGCUGUUUUUCAAAUCGCAACGUGUGGAGUGCCUUGGAAAAAGGGGAGGGGGAUUGUGACAUUGCUGUUAAUGGAGAGAAAUCCCAUCCAUCUGGAAUUCUAAAAAAUGAUUGAAACAAUGGAUACACAGCGUGCCUUGCAGGCGGUGGAGCGUCUCCAGGCCAAACUGAAGGAGCGAGGAGAGGUGCCCGCCGAGGAGAAGCUCAGCCUGCUCAAAUCAGUGCUCCAGAGCCCGCUCUUCCACCAGAUCCUGGCCUUGCAGAAAUCUGUCCAGCAUGUCAGAGACCAGGGGAGUGUCCUGACGUCGCGUGGGAGUGACCCUGUCGAUCCCAUCACAGCUGUGAAGCCCAAUGGAGGCCAUGUUUCCUAUUCAGAUGUACCUGCUUCUACACACAUUAAUGGACAGACGUCGUCUGAAGAAUUUGAGCACACCAUUCAGUCCAUGGCACAGGGGCGCUACGUGAAUCAUGUGGAGCUGCAGAAGCCAGUGUCAGGAGGUCUGGGCUUCAGCGUGGUGGGUCUGAAGAGCGAGAACCGCGGAGAGCUAGGCAUAUUCAUCCAGGAAAUUCAACUGGGAAGCGUGGCUCACUGUGAUGGAAAGCUCAAAGAAGCGGACCAGAUCUUGGCCAUCAAUGGCCAGCCCCUGGACCAGACGGUGACCCACCAGCAGGCUAUAGGCAUCCUACAGAGCGCUUCAGAGAGGGUGCAGCUCACAGUGGCCCGAGGACCAAUACCUCAGCUGGCCAGUCCUGUGGUUUCCCGCACACCCUCUGCUGCCAGUACACUGUCGGCCAACUCUAGUGCGUUGCAGCAUGUGGAGACAAUUGAGCUGGUCAACGACGGCACUGGCCUCGGAUUCGGUAUUGUGGGAGGCAAGACCACUGGCGUUAUUGUCAAAACCAUCCUUCCUGGAGGCAUAGCUGAUCAGGAUGGCCGCCUGCGGAGUGGGGACCACAUCCUGAGAAUCGGAGACACCGACCUGCACGGCAUGGGCAGUGAACAGGUGGCCCAGGUCCUCAGGCAAUGCGGCAACAGAGUGAAGCUGGUGGUCACCAGGGGUCCCGUGGAGGAGAAUCCCUCUGCUGUCAUGCCCGUGGUGCUCCCCACUGUCAACGAACAGCAGGGCUGUGAGGACGAGGACACUGAAGCGUUUGACGUGAGCCUGACAAAGAACACCCAGGGACUAGGGAUUACUAUUGCUGGCUAUGUUGGAGAUAAAAAUUCAGAGCCCUCUGGUAUUUUUGUUAAGAGUAUAACAAAAGACAGCGCCGUAGAGCAAGAUGGCCGUGUUCAUGUUGGAGACCAGAUAAUAGCUGUCGAUAGUGUAAACAUACAGGGAUACACCAACCAACAGGCUGUGGAGGUGCUCAGACACACCGGCCAGACAGUCCACCUUAAGCUGAUCCGCCGCGGCUUCAGGCCUGAAGAGACCCCGCCCGCUGUGACCCCCAGUGUCAUCAUCCUGCCCUCAUCCACCACCAUCCCCACCACCACCAUCGCCCUGAAGGAGCUUGAGCUAGUGAGGAUUAAGCCUGAGGAGGCUGCACUAGUCACCACAGAUGAAAAGCUGCUCCAGACAAAGAGUGAAGGAUCUGAUGUCAACCCGGCCAUGGAUCCGCUAACGGAAGACAGACAUGUGAUGAAGUUAACACUCUUUGAAGAAGAACAACUAAUGAAGAAAUGGCAGGAGAUUCUGGGUCCAAGUAAUGAAGUUAUAGUGGCUCAGGUGGAGAAGUUUACCGAGAAGAGUGGCCUAGGGAUCAAUCUGGAAGCCAACAGUGGGCAUCACUACAUCCGCUCUGUUCUGCCUGAGGGACCCGUUGGUCGCUGUGGCAAGCUGUUCAAUGGAGAUGAACUGCUUGAGGUCAACGGCAAAGCCCUGAUUGGUGAGACCCACAAGGAAGUCGUCAGAAUCUUGAAGGAGCUUCCACUCUGUGCACAUGUGACAUGCUGUAGACCCGCCCCUCACCUGCAGACUGACAUGGACGAUGUCCAAGCAGAACCAGAGGCUUUCUCCCUACCAUCCAAAUUAAAGAAACAAAUAGACCUGAGCAGCGUACGGGUUGCCGAAGACUCAGAGGUGAACAGAGCAGCGGCGAAGCAGGAUAAUGUGACAGAGGAGGCAAUAGGAUCUCCUUUGGCUAUGUGGGAGCUGGAGAUCCAGAAUAUCGAGCUGGUGAAGGGAGAAGGGGGACUGGGAUUCAGUAUUUUGGACUACCAGGACCCCAUGGACUCUGCCAAGACGGUGAUCGUGAUACGUUCGCUUGUCCCCAACGGUGUGGCUGAGCAAGAUGGCAGGCUGUUGCCAGGGGACAGACUCAUGUAUGUCAACACCACCAACCUGGAGAACGCCAGUCUGGAGGACGCCGUCCAGGCCCUGAAGGGGGCCCUGCUCGGCAACGUCCAGAUAGGAGUCGCCAAACCACUGCCUGGAAUAUGUGGAUAUUCCCACUCUCCACACUCAUAUGGUGAACAGGAAAUAACUUCAUCAUCCACCAUCCACUCAUUUGACUUCAACAGUAUUUUGGUUGAAGAAGGAGAGGAAGAGGAUCUGGCUGAGGGCAUCGUUUACCGAGCAGAGCCUGCAUUGAUUGACACCAGUGAGGCGGACCUACCUGAUGAAAAGGUGUUCGAUCAUUCCUUUUCCGGGAUAGAGGACGACACUUUCCAGGCGUCCAUGAUUGCCCUUCAUGGUAGCGGCUGUGGCGCAGACCUGGACUACUUGCAGUCAUCCACACCUAAGCUGACAGCCCGCCUGCUGGACGAGUGCCCCAGCUUUACGACGCUGUCCGACCUCGGAGACGACGAUCGAGCAUUCUCGCCAGAGAAGUCGGCCCCGUUCACUCCUCCGAGUUUCAGUGGUCCUGUCCCGGCUUAUAAUGCCGCACUCGGCAGUUCUGAUCAGUACCUGGCUCGUCACGUGACCAAAGAAGAACCAGCGGAGCGCUCAAACUCCUACAGCCCGUUUGCCGAAAUAGGGACCCGAUCUAAUGUACAGGAGGAACCGGUGAAGUCCAGCCACUACCAGAAGGAGCCGCCCAUCUCAUUUGGAGAUAUUAUGAUGUUGAUGAAGGACGAGGAGGCUUGGGUGAAAGAAGCAGCAGAAGACGGGGACAAGGAAGCACUGACCUCAGGGAGCAACUUUGAAAGGACUAUCACCGUUGUCAAGGGCAACUCCAGUCUCGGCAUGACGGUGAGCGCCAUGAAAGACGGUUUGGGGAUGCUGAUCCGCAGCAUAAUCCACGGUGGGUCAAUCAGCCGCGAUGGCCGUCUUGGUGUAGGUGACCUCAUCCUGGCCAUCAACGGAGAGCCCACUGCCAACCUGACCAACGCCCAGGCUCGUGCCAUGCUGCGAAGACACUCCCUCAUUGGACCAGACCUGGGAUCUUCUUGUUCCCCUGAGGACGAUCUGUGCCCAUUUUAUGUCAUUACAUAUGUUCCAGCAGAGUAUCUAGAAGAGUACAAAACCAGCCUAGAGCAGGCGAAAGAUGAUGUCUUCUCAGGAGCAGCUCCAUUGCCAGACACAGCUCCAAAAGAUAUUCCUAAUCUCCCUGAGCGUGAGGAUGGAGAGGGAGAGGAAAGUGCCUCCUACAACAACUGGAACCAACCAAGAAAAGUGGAGCUGUUCAGAGAGCCAGGCAAGUCCCUGGGCAUCAGCAUCGUCGGAGGACGAGGGAUGGGCAGCCGCCUGAGCAAUGGAGAAGUGAUGAGGGGGAUUUUUAUCAAACACAUCCUGGCAGACAGUCCUGCUGGACACAACGGGACCCUGAAGACAGGAGACAGGAUUGUAGAGGUGGAUGGGGCAGACCUAAGAGAUGCUAGUCACGAGGAGGCAGUGGAGGCUAUACGCCGGGCCGGCAACCCCGUCUCCUUCUUGGUACAAAGUAUUAUUCACAGACCCAGGUCCCUGAUACCAGACUCUGGUGAGGAAAGAGCUGCAGCUGUAACGGGAGACAAGGACAAGGAGGGUGACAGUCACAGUAGACUUUUCCUCCGCCUCUCCCCAACUAACCCUUUCACUCCUACCCCGUUUAAGCCGGCGAAGCGUGAAGCAGCAAAGGCAUCUCCCACCAGCGCUGUCCUCCCCCUGCCAGUGUUGCCCCAUGUGGGAGAGACUGAUACAGACACGCUGACAGAGAAUCCUGGCAGACCUGCUGAGGCAGAGGAGGUGAACCAAGAGGAGGAGGAGGAGGAGGAAGAGGAGUUUGGAUACAACUGGAAGAACCUAAUCCAGCGCUAUGGCAGCCUCCCAGGUGACCUACACAUGAUUGAGCUGGAGAAAGGCAAGGCAGGUCUGGGCCUCAGCCUGGCAGGGAACCGGGACCGCUCUCGCAUGAGCGUGUUCGUGGUGGGAAUAGACCCCAAUGGGGCGGCCGGCAGGGACGGGCGUAUGGUUGUGGGCGAUGAGCUGCUUGAGAUCAAUGGACAGGUCCUGUAUGGCCACAGUCACCAGAAUGCAUCCUCCAUAAUCAAGUGCUCUCCAUCAAAAGUCAAAAUCAUCUUUGUCAGGAACACGGAGGCGCUGAACCAGAUGGCUGUGGGACCUGUCAGAGACCGCGGGGGAGACACAGUGGAGCCCCACGCUGAGCUCGAAACAGCUGCUGCUAAUGGCGACGCCGAUGCUUCAAAAUAUGUCCAUCACAUUGUAGAGCUGAAGGAGGACGAAGGACUUGGAAUCACCUUUGUUGAGGGAAACACUGAGAGUGGAGAUGAAAUUCAGACUGUAUCUGAAGAACACACAGGCAAAUCAACCUGCCAGGACUGGGUUUGCUCAGAUGGAGACGUCGCCAGCCUACCCAGCAUGCCUAGCGCCGACACAGCCAUGCUGAUUACAGUAGAGGCAGAGGGAGUCACUAGUGAGAAUCCUUACAGUUGUCCGAGUCGCUCCUCCACCCCUUCCACUCUGGCCUGUGACCCAGCGACCUGUCCCAUCAUCCCCGGCUGCGAGACCACCAUUGAUAUCUCCAAGGGCCGCACGGGUCUGGGCCUCAGCAUCGUGGGAGGCUGUGACACUCUGCUGGGGGCCAUCAUUAUCCAUGAAGUGUACGAAGAAGGGGCAGCCUCUAAAGAUGGCAGGCUGUGGGCAGGAGACCAAAUCCUAGAGGUGAACGGUAUCGACCUGCGCGCAGCCAGUCAUGAUGAAGCCAUCAACGUGCUGCGGCAGACACCUCACAGGGUUCGGUUGGUGGUCUACAGGGACGAGGCCCAGUACAAGGAGGAGGACCUGUGGGACUCUUUCACUGUGGAGCUGCACAAGAUGCCUGGCCAGGGCCUGGGUCUGAGCAUUGUGGGGAGGAGGAAUGACACUGGAGUGUUCGUGUCUGAUAUUGUGAAAGGGGGUUUGGUGGACACCGACGGCCGACUGACGCAGGGGGACCAGAUCCUGUCGGUCAACGGUGAGGACCUGAGGUCGGCCACUCAGGAGGCCGUGGCUGCACUGCUUAAGUGCUGCGUGGGGCCUAUAAAAAUGGAAGUGGGGAGGUUCAAAGCUGGGCCCUUCCACUCUGAAAGGAGGCUGUCUCAAAGCAGUCAGAUGAGUGAAACAGGCUGUUCCAAGGUGGCCUCUCAGUCCUGUUCGGACUCUGGAAACCUUCCUGGUGACCCCGACAAAAUUAGCCAGGAAUCUCCAGAGCAUCAGGACACCAGAACAGUGGAGUUCACUAAAGGUCCCAAUGAUUCUCUGGGCAUCAGUAUUGCCGGCGGCGUGGGCAGCCCUCUUGGUGACAUACCCAUCUUCAUCGCCAUGAUGAAUCCUGUCGGCGUGGCUGCUCAGACCCAGAAGCUCAAGAUUGGGGACCGACUUGUCAGUAUCUGCGGAAACUCCGCUGAAGGCAUGAGCCACUCACAGGCUGUCGCUCUGCUCAAGAAUGCCACAGGCACAAUACAGCUACAGGUGGUGGCAGGUGGUGACACAACUGUGACAGGUCCGUCUCAGGAUCAGGCUGCUGGAGGUCUCACGCCCAGCUCCAUUUUUCAGGAUGACAUUGGCCCACCUCAGUAUAAGAGCAUCACUCUUGACAGAGGACCAGACGGACUUGGUUUCAGUAUAGUCGGGGGGCACGGGAGCCCGCACGGAGAUUUGCCGAUCUAUGUUAAAACAGUUUUUGGAAAGGGUGCAGCAGCGGAGGACGGGCGACUGAAACGAGGAGACCAGAUAAUGGCUGUUAACGGUCAAACUCUGGAGGGCGUCACUCAUGAAGAAGCUGUUGGCAUCCUGAAAAGGACCAAAGGAACUGUCACGCUUACUGUGCUUUCGUAGACAAACAUAUGCAAACACGCACACACACACACACACAUACACACACACACACACACACUAUCUUCCCUAUUCCUGCACCUCUCAUUUCACAGGUCGUAGGUGGAGUGUCAUGUCUAGCAGGAGCAGAGCUCACACCAGCAGUAUUUCACAACUUGGGGAUUGUGCUAAAAACCAGCAGAUCUGUGAAAAUAUGCAAACUGAAAUAUGAACAACCAUACACUGAUAAUAAUGAAGUAGCAUACUGCGUAACAUAGCUUUGAACACUGUGAUCCAUUCAAGCCUACAAAAAGUAGACUUACAAACAGUUUAUUAUAAGAAAUAUAAUCACCCAAAUUGUAACAGAAAUUAUAUGUGUAGUAGAUAUCUGAAUUUCUUUUCUUUUUUGUUUCUUUAACCAUAUUAUUGUGUUUAAAUUAGUUGUUUUAUGUUGUUAACAGUAUUAGAUACACUCCAUAGUUCUGGUUUGAAAUAUUCACUCAUCACUUUCACAGUAUUUUGCCAUUUCCUGUAUUGCGAUAGUGUUUUACAAUAGAGAACAAACAGUAUUUCUACAGAGUCAAGGACUAUUUUUCCAAUGUCUAUUUUUUUUUUUACAGUCUGAGGUCUACUUAUUCGAGUGACAUUCCUCUAAAUUCAGAGCAUGAAACAGCAUGAAUACACCCUUUAGGCAAUUAACAGAUAACCAGGGCUUAGCUAAUUACUAUAUUAGCUGAAAAAACAACAUUGUUUGCCUUUUACACUGCACUGCUGUUGGAAAUUCAUCAUACUUGUAAUUUCCUGAAAGGCUAAUGCUGCUGUAACUGGUGGUGUAACUUAUCACAAAGUCACUGUUGUUAUAGUAAACGCGGCCUAGAGAGCAUUUUCCAAUUGCUGAAGGCUUAAUGUCUGGUGUUGACAACACCUAAGACAACAGUGGGUUUUUGUAGUACACACUUGAAUAGACGAGGAACUUCGAGUGUGUGCAUGUAUGUGUGUGACCUAUCCACUGAGAUAUAGUGCUGCUAAAGCUGAAGGUAUUACGUCACAGUACUUGGAUUUUUAAAGUAUUGAUUAAUGUUCACUUAAUUAAAGUGCACAGAGAAGUCAUUUACCGUCUAUCAAGGUUGGAAUGGACGAGGGGUUCUCGUUGUCAGAUGGAUUAUAUAAUGGACCUGAGCUCAUUUCUACCUUAUUGUUUACCCAAAACAAAGACAUACAGUGUGUAGUUUCUGAAGUCCUAAAGCAUUUGUUGUGUAGUCUUAGAGUCAGAGAAAGUUGUCUGUUAUCUGUCUUAUCACCUUUAAUGUGGCUCUAGUACUGUCAAAGUGACAGUAUUGAAUUUGUUGACACUGACUCAAAUAAAAGUGACCUUUGGAUUUUA